AUGUCCUCUACUACAUCUACGUCGUCAUCAAACGACUAUAAAUGUUCUGCAAACCAUGUUCCUAAUACUUGGAGUGAGGACAUGGUGACCUCAGACUUAAGAACAGAAACGAGUAUUUCACAACUUUUAGAAAAUUCUCCUCUUCUUUAUACUCCUACUUUAUCUUCUACUGUUACUUCCCCUGAUUUAAGGGAUACUUUAGAGGCAGAUGAUGAGGAGGGUCGUAUACCGCAAACUGGUAUUUUCACGUUACAAGAUUUCAUUAACAUAGAGGAGUUGCGAAAACUCGCGGCAAGCAACGAUUGCAUGUUCACCAGAACGUCAAAUAACUCCACAACUCUACCAAAUUUGGCCCCUUCAAUAACGUCAAUGAAGCCGAUCGCUCCUGCCCUAUUUAGUCCUAUUUCCGCCAUAUCUUCCUCUCCUACUUCUGAAGCUGAUCCUUCUGAACGACAAUCUUCAACUAAUACAGUAUCAACUGAAGAAAAAAAGAAGUCAGCUGGUGGUCGUAAGAGAAAAGCUGAAAGUCUUGAAGAAAAAGAGCAGAGACAACACAAAAAACGUAGACAAAUGGCUGAUUUGGAAUCUCAAAAUACUAUUCUUAAAGAAGAAAAUGCUCAUCUAUCUAAGCGUUUAAAAGUUGUUGAAGAGGAAAAUGCAAAUUUGUCUGCAAAACUUGAUUCAAUUUCGGCUCAACUCGCUGAAAUUCAAUCUCAUCUAGCCGUAUCCGAGAUGAAUAAAGUCCUCCUUGAUGGUGUUCGCGGAUCUGCAGUAUCCGCGGCCUCGGAAAAAGAAUCUCUGGAUUUUUCUAAUAUUAAAGAGGAUCCUAUUAAUAAUAAUGAAGUCCCAGCAGCGGCCCGUCAAGACGAGGAACCUUUACGGGAUGUCGUCGAUAACCCCUACGAUUUGGAUGUGCCCCCCACAAAUGCUGAAGCAACUCUUGUUGACCUUCUCGAUAGUUUUCUGGACUACGACUGGUCAGCAGAAGAAUUUUCUGCUAUUCAGCAACAAUCAAAUGGUAUUUGUUGA